GACUACAGAAACCAAACCAAGCAGACAAAAAACAACUCUCUCUGCAUUUCCAUGCCUUUUUCCCAUUGACCUCCCGAGGGACCUUCACUCUUCUCUUUCAGAAGAACUUUUCAAUCUCCGAUCUGAGAGUUCGUCAAUGGCCGCUCCUCCUGCGAGAGCUAGAGCCGAUUACGACUACCUCAUAAAGCUCCUGUUGAUCGGCGAUAGCGGUGUGGGUAAGAGUUGCCUCCUCUUGCGAUUCUCUGAUGGUUCCUUCACAACUAGUUUUAUCACCACCAUUGGGUUUGUUGGAAGAAGACAAUUACCUAAACCCUUGGUUCUAGGGAAGAGCAACUCAGGAGCUUUGUUGGUGGCCUAAAGAAGGAGAAUGCAAAUCACAUUAAUGAAGACCCUUGGUGCGUUAUGUUACUGGGCCCCAAGCAAACCCUAUAUCAGGUUUAAUUUAUCUUAAAGUUGUUAAAAUCCACCUAGCAGAUUGUUGCAUAAUUUAUAUGUCAACAAUGAUAUUUUGUAUGUUUGUGUAACAGUAACUCUUGAAUGUUUUCCCUGACGAUUGACAUGCCUUUUCCUUGUAUCUACCCCAGCUUACUACCGUGGAGCCAUGGGCAUCUUGUUGGUCUAUGAUGUCACUGAUGAAUCAUCCUUCAACAGUAUGUCUUAUGGCUAACUUUAAGUUUCUUCUAUGUGGUUUAUAGUCUACUGUUUGAAAUCAUUUUGCUAAGUAUCAUGUGACUGAAGGUUCCCCGUUUACUUGACUG